AUGGAGACCCCCGAAAUAUCUGGAAAGCAAUCUGGCAUAUCGCAGUCUCAAACGCCAGACCUGGAAGCCGAAGGCAGCGAUAAUGACCCAAAAACCUGGUCGAAUCGAACGGAACAAACUGAGCUCACUCCAGUUGAGGCAUUCAAGUGGAAUGUUGAAGGGGACCAGUCACCCUUCCCGGAAGUUGCAGCUUGUGUAUCUAACAAGGAUGAUCCUACAACAGCCUGUAAUACUGUUCGAGCAUGGGUUCUAAUGACGAUCUUUGUUAUACUAUUUUCUGGAGCUAACCAGUUCUUUGGCCUUCGAUAUCCAUCCCUCACCAUCUCCUAUGUUGUGGCUCAGAUCCUUGUUUUUCCUAUCGGUCGCGCAUGGGAAAGACUCCCUAGAUGGAGGGUCCCUUUAGGAAAACUUUCCUUUGAUCUCAACCCAGGAAGGUUCACGAUUAAAGAGCAUGCAUUCAUCGUCAUUUGUGUCAAUAUCAGUGCAUCCACCGCCUAUGCUCAAGGAGCCUUGGUUGCCAUUGUGAGUCCGGUAUACUGGAAUCGCGAGAUGGGAGCCGGCUUUUCCUUUCUAUAUCUUUUGACAACCCAAAUGAUAGGGUUUGGCCUCACUGGCCUUUCUCGUCGGUGGAUCGUUUAUCCAGCUGCUUUGACCUGGCCCACCUCGCUGUCGUCAACGGUUCUCUUUCGAGCACUGCAUGAACCAGAGAGCAAGAAACUAGCCAAUGGGUGGUCUAUGACCCGCUACCGCUUUUUUGCCUACGUGACAAUCAUCGCAUUCGUCGCGUUCUGGUUCCCAGACUAUAUCUGGACAAGUCUCAGCACAUUUGCCUUUAUCACAUGGCUUGCUCCAAAUAAUCAGAAGGUCAACACUUUGUUCGGAAUGAACUCUGGCUUGGGUCUGCUACCGAUCAGCCUGGACUGGACACAGAUAAACUACGCUGGUUAUCCACUCACAACUCCAUUCUAUAUCACCUGCAAUGCCUUUGCCGUCGUUGUGCUCUUCUAUUUCUUUCUAUCACCAAUCCUUUACUAUGCCAAUGUCUGGUACAGCGCCUAUCUCCCACUCCUUUCAUCAAGCACAUUCGACAAUACAGGCAGCUCAUAUAAUAUCUCGCGUGUGGUGGACGCGAACUUGAACUUUGUUGAAAGCAAGUACAAGGAGUACUCUCCAAUGUACAUUUCCAUGUCUUACUCUCUCACCUACGGGUUAUCCUUCGCCGCCGUGACAGCGGUGGUGGUCCACACAUACCUCUACAACGGCUCCGAAAUCUGGGCAAGAUUGAAGAAUGCGCAACAUGGAGGCGAGGAUGUCCAUCGGCGGCUUAUGCGUUCAUACAAAGAAGUUCCAGAUUGGUGGUACGGUGUUCUCACAUUGGUCGUACUAGGACUUGGGAUCUUGACGACCAGAUACUGGGACACCGAACUUCCAGUUUGGGGCUUCAUCGUGGUCUGCUUCGGACUGGCUGUGCUCUUGAUUGUGCCUGAAGGUAUUCUCCAGGGAACUACGAAUCAGCGCGUGUUUCUCAAUAUUAUCACGGAGAUGAUUGCCGGAUAUUCCUGGCCUGGCAAGCCUAUCGCUAACCUGAUGGUAAAAUGCUAUGGCUACAAUGCGGUUAAGCACGGUAUGGACUUUGCACAAGACCUAAAGCUGGGUCAAUAUAUGAAAAUCCCUCCACGGGUUCUAUUCUUCGGCCAGAUCUAUGCUAGCAUUCUGGCGACAGCGACUCAGACGGGAGUCCUGCAAUGGAUGAUGGGUCAUAUUGCUGACCUCUGUGAGCCAUCAAACAAACAACGCUUCACUUGCAACGGUGCCAAGGUCAUGUACAAUGCGUCCAUCAUUUGGGGCACAAUUGGCCCGCAGCGAAUGUUCCAAUCCGGCCAGACAUACAACGGGCUUGUCUACUUCUUUUUGAUUGGACCUGUUGUUACGGUACUCGUCUAUCUUCUAUACCGCCGCUACCCUAAUAGCUGGAUUCGUUACAUCAAUGUCCCGAUCUUCUUCAAUGCGGCCGGCAACAUCCCGCCUGCGAACACUAGUAAGGCCCCAAAGGAGAAUCUCUAUUAUUCCAAGUCUAACGAGACAGCCCAAUAUUCUCUUUGGUUCAUUGUUGGCUUUGUGUUCAACUACCUAAUCCGUAAGCGGGCAUUUGACUGGUGGAAACGGUAUAACUACUUGCUGCAAGCCGCGAUGGAUACCGGCACGGCUAUCGCCACAAUCAUCAUCUUUUUCGCUCUAGGAUAUCAUUCUAUCGCGUUUGAUUGGUGGGGCAACACAGCGGUCAUUUUGGAAGAGGGCCUGGUGAGUUUUGACCGAAUGGGUGCACAUCCGUGA